UGCAAUAAACAGCUGCUUAACGACAGUUGCUGCAGUUGCGGCUGGAGUCGGCGAGGCGAGCCGCGCCCCGGCCUCAGUUGUUGCCGCGAAGUUGCGCCAUGCGGAGCACCAAAGCGUAUUGGCUGCUGCUGGGCCAGUUUUUUAUAAUGCUACCGAUUAGCGUCUGGGCAGAGUCCAGCAACUGGACAGAAGAGUUGGAGCUGGAGUUGCAGCGUCAGCCAAACAAGUUGGCCUAUUGCCGGACACUGCAGCGCCUCCAGCUGCAGUACGAGCAGACCAGCUGCAUCCACAUACUGGAGGAUGAGCUCACGAUGACUGGAGAGCUGCUGAUGGACUCGCAGCAGCGCUGCUGGUGGGGCUGGGAGCUCUUUGGCAGACGUUGCCGCAAACGUGUCUAGCACAUGAACAUGGGAUUAGCUAUAGCAACUAUUGUACCCA